AUGGCCUAUCAGUUAUCAGACAGAAAACCAUCAUUCAUUAUAAACGCAGAUGAAAAUAAAGAAAGUACAACACUUAUUUGUUUCGAUCCAAAUAUAGAACAACUUGAAAAUUCUGAAAAAUCGAAAGAACAACUUCGUAUUAUUAAUAAUUAUGUUAUUUAUUCAUUUGAUAUAGAGCAAUGCAUUCGACAAAUUGAAUUAAUUAAUGAAGAAAAAAUCUUGUUAAUAACAUCAGGAUUGAAAGCAUCGCAAAUAUUACCAAGAAUUAGCUCUUUCCAACAAAUCGAUUCAAUUUUUAUCUUCAGUCAAGAUAACCAACAAUAUGAUCAUCUAUUGAGUGAAUACCCAAAGUUACUUGGUAGUUAUGUUAAUUUUGAUGAUUUAUGCAAAUCAAUAAAACAACAAAUCGAUCGUGUUAAUAACGAAAUCGAAUCAUUUUGUUUUUUUGAUCAAUAUCAAAUAUUAACGAAAGCUCUAUCUCCAGAAUCUGCAAAAUUUCUAUGGGCUCAAUUAUUUCACUAUCUUAUUGUUCAGCUUCCACAAAAUCAACAAGCAAAACGAAAGUCAAUUCAAUUAUGUAAAGAUUAUUAUCGUGGAAAUACAAAAGAAACUAAAUUGAUUCGGGAAUUCGAAGAACAUUACCAAUCGGAAGAUGCUAUUCGUUGGUAUUUAAAAGAAUCGUUUGUUAGAAAACUCAUUCAUAAGGCAUUGAAAGUCGGUGAUAUUAAUUUCCUAUAUCAAUUUCGAUUUUUUAUUGCUGAUCUCACUGAAAAUCUUCAACGUCAACAACAGAAGAUUUUACAGUCGGAUGAAACUAUUUUAAAUGUUUAUCGAGGCAUUAAACUUGAUAAGGAAGAAUUUAAUAAAAUUAAACAUAAUCAAGGUAAACUUAUUUCAACAAAUGGAUAUUUAUUAACUACUCGACAGAUGGAAGCCGCCGCAGAUUGUGCUAAACGACCGGCACGAAAAACCGAUAUGAUUUCUGUUCUUUUGCAUAUUCAAUGUGAUAUUAAAUCAAUGGAUAAAAAUAUUCUUUUCGGUAAUAUCGAUCAAUUAAGUGACGAUCACGAUGAACACGAAGUACUAUUCGAUUUCAAUACGUGCUUCGAAAUUGAGUCUAUUGACGAUUGUGAUUCGUUGAAAAUAAUCAAAAUGAAUCUUUCCGAUCAAGGACAAAUGGCUAUGAGACAUUUUAUUGAAUUAAAACAACGUCAAACAGAAGAAAUGAAUCUUACGAUUAUUGUCGGACGGUUAUUGUGUAGUUUAGGCGAAUAUGAAAAAUCAAAACGAUAUUUUCAACAAUUAUUCAAUGAUGCAAAUGAUGAAGAUCGUGCUUGGAUUGAAUUUAAUAUUGGUCGUGUUCUUGCUUUAAAUAAAGAAUCGAAUGAAGCUAGAAUAUAUUAUAAUCAUGCGUACGAACGAAUGAUGAAUUAUAAACCAGCACGAGUACUAGAAUCAGCUCAUGUUUUGAAUAAUAUUGGUUGUCUAUUGGCUAAUCAGGAAAAGUACGAUGAAGCUAUCGAUUAUCAUCAACGAGCAUUGGAAAUUCGAGAAAAAUUUUAUCCACCGGGACACAUCGAUAUUGCUCAAAGUCUCUAUAAUAUUGGUCUUAUUCUUGAUAAUCAAGGAAAAUAUGACGAUUCUCUUGAAUACUAUCAAACAGCACUGAAAAUUCAAGAGAAAUGUUACCCGUCUGUUCAUCCGCAUAUUUACAGAAGUCUGAAUAGCAUCGGUAUUAUUCUCUAUCGACAAGGAAAGUACGAACAAGCUCUCGACUAUUAUAAACAUGCAUUAAAAAUUGAAGAGAGCUUGUAUCCGUCUGGUCAUGAUGAUCUUACCUAUACACUUAACAAUAUCGGUAUUAUUCUUCGUAAUAAAGGUAUGCACGAUGAAGCUCUUCAAUAUUGUCGACGAGCAUUGGAUAUCGAAGAAAAACUUUAUCCAUCUGGCCAUUCGAAUAUUGCUAAAAGUCUUGGCAAUAUCGGCAAUAUUCUGUCCGAUCAAGGGAAAUCGAAUGAAGCUCUCGAUUAUCAUCAACGAGCAUUGGCUAUUCAAGAAAAAUCUUAUCCCUCUGGUCAUGUCGAUAUUGGUCACAGUUUAAAUAAUAUUGGCAUAUGUUAUGAAAAUUUGAACAAGGAAAAAAUGGCACUUCACUAUUAUCAACAUGCAUUGACUAUCUACGAAAAAGUUCUUCCUCGCGAUCAUCCACGUCGCCAACGAACCGAACACAAUAUUCGUCGACUUACUCAAGACGAUUAA